UCUUAAAGUUGGAUUAAUGAAGCACCGCGGAGAAACACUCGUUGUUUCAUUACCAGCAUAAAUUCUCCUCUCUGCGACGAACUGGCGAAUCACAACUCGGGUAGGGUGGGGGAUGAAAGAUUCCGUGCAAUGACGACUUUGGUAGUUUUAAAGAGACUUGUUCUACGAGGAACAUCUAGAUAAAGUUACGGCUGUGGUGUCUGGGCUCGACGUUGUGGAAACAAGCAUGGACUUCGCGGGUCUUGUUACUCUGUUGGUGUUCUUGAAGGAAAUCGUCUGCGUACCAGACACAGAGACGGUUGUUCCUACCUCAUGCCAAUCUCCACUGGGGCUUGCUAAUGACGCGAUCUCACCAUUGGCUGGCGUUGUCUUCACAGCAUCCGAGGGUGUGGCCAGUGACGUCAGACUGAACGGGCCGGCUGCGUGGACGUUACCAGAAAUUACCAGUGACUCCUAUCUCCAGGUAACGUUACCACGGCCACUACUGAUCACUGGUAUCGAGACGCAAGGGUCGCCAGUUGAAGAGUCGUGGAUUGUCUCCCUUAGAAUGCAGUUUAGUAAAGAUUGCGUCACGUUUGUCAACUAUACUAGACCAUAUUGGACUAACACUAGUAACGAAGUGACACUGACACGGCUGUUUCACAACGUCACAGUAGCUCGGUGUAUACGAGUGAUACCCAUGCAGUUUGCUGGAGUCCGAGCGGCACUGAGAUUAGAACUGUUAGGAUGUGAAGUAGAAUCCUGCCAGAAACAUCUGGAUGUGACGUCACAGGAACCUCUGACAGACGCAAGUGGACGGACUGGCAUAAUGACGCGACUGCAGUCGGAGAGCAUCAUGACGUCACUCGUCGUUUCUUUGAGCACCCCAGCGGAACAUGACGGAGCCAAUCUCAGGAUCGAAUACAGCCGCACGUGCUCAGAAUUUGUCCCUCUUGAAGACGAUGCCAUUGGCAGGGUACGUGUGCAGUCUGCUGAAAACCCGAGGCAGACGAUAGAGAUCUCUCUACUCCGUCCUGUCCGCGCUCAGUGUCUCCGUGUGUCCAUCAGUCAGGAUUCUGUCCUGCACAGCGUCAACGCAUUCGGGUGUGGUACCAGUGCAAGUAAUGGACCUCUUUCCGGGUGUGGCCAGACUCGUCAACAAUCCGGACGACGACGGAAACGGGUGGUGGGUGGAGACCCAAUCAUGCUCGGUGAUAUGCCGUGGCUCGUGUCCCUGCAGUUUCUCCUGUGGCACGAUUUCACCCACAGAUCGGGUUUCCCACACCUGUGUGGCGCCAGUCUCAUCGCCGACCAGUGGCUGCUCAGCGCCGCGCACUGCUUUGAUAGGAACGUGUUCCAGGGACUGGACGACCCCGCCAACUGGCGCAUUGCGUUAGGAGAACACGACCAGAAUGACGUCGACGGAACUGAACAGUUCCCCGAAAUCGAGAACAUCUUUAAACAUCCGAAUUUUACAUUUUCCAACGGUCCAAUCGUGAAUGACAUUGCCCUUGUGAAGCUCAAACAACCAGUCGUCUUGUCCGACUAUGUGAACCCCAUCUGUCUCGAUACGGUGGGAGAAUUUCCCGCUGGGAGUCUCGGUGUCGUCGCUGGGUGGGGACAGAAAACUGCAGACACUCCUGGAACUAAAAUGCCCUUCAAAGCAGUGGUUCCCAUUCAGGACUCUGAUGAUUGCAGGGAGAAGUUCGAGUCCCUGCCAGACGGCCAUGAGGCCAAAGAAGCAGUGAGAAUCGACGACUCGGUCUUCUGUGCAGCUGCUCUACUCGGAGGCAAAGACGCGUGUCUGGGUGAUUCUGGUGGACCAUUUUCCUGUGAAAAAGAUGGGUUAUGGUAUCAAGUGGGUGUGGUUUCCUUAGGAUACGGCUGCGGGGAUAUGGCUUUUCCUGGAAUAUAUACCCGGAUACCAUACUUCUCAGACUGGAUACAAGAUACCAUGGACAAUAACUGAUCUGAUAUGAGAUACCAUGAAUGAUAUAAUAAGUGAUCUUGAUACCAGAUACCAUGGUCAAUAACUGAUCUGAUAUGAGAUACCAUAAACAGUAACUGAUCUGAUAUUAGAUACAAUGAACGAUAACUGAUCUGAUAUUAGAUACAAUGAACGAUAACUGAUCUGAUAUUAGAUACCAUGAACAAUAACUUAUCUGAUAUCAGAUACAAUGAACGAUAACUGAUCUGAUAUUAGAUACCAUGAACAAUAACUGCUCUGGUAUUAGAUACCAUGAACGAUAACUGAUCUGAUAGCCUACUACAUGUGCACAUAAAGUUAACAAUAACUUAUCCGAUAUAUGCUACCAUGAACAUUAACUAAUCUGAUCCAAAAUACGGAGUACCUUGAAUAAUAAAUGAUCGGAUAUGAAAUAUCUUAAACAAUUACUUAAAAUAUUAUGACCUAUUACAUAAGAUAAUAUCAUUAUUAUUAUAAUUCACAAUUUAUAAUUUUAUUUUAUAUUGAAAAUUUAGUCUGUGACUGUAUGGAAUAUUUUUAAUUGUAAAUGUUCCAAAGGUCAUUCGGGGACAUUUCAAAUUACUUUCUAUAUUAUAUUAAUGAGGUGUAGUACACGUGUGGAGGUAGGUGGGGUUGGAUACAUGUUAAGAAAUGUAAUUUUCUUUGUUUUGAAAUACUACAAACAUGAUGUUGUGUUUGUAGAUAUAACUAUCUCUAUUUUUAACAAUGGUAAUUAAAGAGAUAGAGGCUUUAUUAAAACCGUGUAUGACACAGACCUUUUUCUUAUAACAAACCAAUAAUAGGGAUGUAGCUACUAGCUAAAGGGGAGAAGGAAUGGGAGCGAGGAUCAGAUGCCUUGUCCCAGACUUUAAUGUUUUAGUUUACAAAGUAAUUUGCUAAACAGCAGCCAACAUUUGUGGCUCCAGGGCCUGUGUUUAUAAAACGUUUAGAGUCCAGACUCAAUCUCUAAUGAUAUCACACGCAUACAAUUUGUAUGGCGUUGUCAUGACAUUACUGUCUCAAACACUAUUAGAGUCUAGAGUCCAGACUGUAAAGGUUUAUAAGCACCUGGCCAGAUGUCAUAAAAUUUUGUUUUAAAGAACCUUUAACAUGCAAAAUACUUGUAGUUUGAUCAGCAUUUCUAAACACUGCUUAAAAUAUUUUUCUAUGCACAUUCUGACAUCCCUUUGUUUGCAGAAGCUACAGGAAGGUAUUUAGCACUGCAUGCUAGAAAAUAGCAGUCCUCCUACAGAUGUAGUUGGAACCAUAUAUCGUGGUCAUGAAUAGGUCUCCCCCAUAGACAAAUCACCCGACAGCGAGUCACGGCUGCUUACACUCAUGGGAGCAGGUCAACUCGCCCCAAAACCAACUCGCCCCCAACACAGUUGGUCAACUCGCCCCCAACGCAGUUGGUCAAUUCGCCCCACACUGUUUAGUCACCUCACAGCAUUACCAUUUUCUUAAUUAAUAUACCAAUAUUUUAAGAAAUAAUGUGCAUUAAAUAGUGUUGAAUAUGCACACCAGUCAGAGUCCAAAAGCCUUGCCUGAUCAUUCCUUUAAGAAAAUAAGGGACAAACUCACAAAGGUCGUUAAAAUAGGCUCGACAGUUCAUUGUAAUAGAUUAUUAUUUAUCAGAUAUUAGGAUCUGCCCCCCCCCCAAAAAAAAACCACACAAAAAAACCAAACAUUUAAUAAGUGGUCAUAAUAGCAGAGUUUUAAUAAAUAAAAUGACACCAAAGUUGUAGAUAUCUGUAUUUAAUUUUGUCACAAUUAUUUACAGAGAGUGAAGUUUGGGGCGAGUUGACCAGCAUUCACACUCAUGACCCUAUCAUAACUUGUUUUGAAAUCAGGUUUGUGCAGAGAUAUGGUAUUGAAUUUGCUAAUGACCGAUUCAUAGUCAUCCUGUACAUAUAUGUUACGGGUCUAUUACACACUUUUAACAUUUUAUAUUGUUUUGGUAGCCUAUAUUACUAAUGAGUAGAUUAUGCAUAUUAUUAUUAUUAUUAUUAUUAUUAUUAUUAUUAUACUGAAAAGCAUUAAAAAUGCUUCAAUAAAAAUUUCCCUUUUGAUAUUAAUUUUCAAUAGCUAAAACGUGCAACAUAGAAAACAUUAUAGCAUAACAUCAGAGUACUGAAAUAAUGUUUUAAACAAAUGGUUUAUCCUGUUAAAAAAACACAUUAGUAUGUCAAUUUUAAAAUAACUGAUGCGUUUUCAAUGCUGGCAUAUUAUCAUCAAUCUUCUAAAAAAAUAUUUAAAAAAACUUUUUUUUCUUAAAUCCUCACAGGAAGCUCUUUAUUAAUAGAUGUUUCUUUCUUAAAGUCCACCUAAAGAAACCAUACUGCCUCCCCCCACCCCACCCAAGAACAAGGUUAUCUACAAGGCCCUGGAUGACAAGAUAAUUUGUUUUGUUUUGUUUAUUUAACAAGUGAUGAGAUAAAUGCAGAAACUGCAGUAUAUCUCUAUCAACAUGGGACAAACUCACAUGACUGUUCUCCAUACUUUUUGUGAACUGGGCCAUCUCAGUAUCAGCAACAUUUGGUCGUCUAAACCAUAAAAACACAUUUAAAAAUCUACCAAUUACCUCAUAUAGGAUUAUAUUCAGUACCUCUCACAAAUUUGUACAAUGUAUUUUUGUUUUGUAUAAAUAUUAUUGUUAAAUAAAAUAGAAAAUGUUAGCCAAACUAAUGUAUUUUUGUUUUGUAUAAAUAUUAUUGUUAAAUAAAAUAGAAAAUGUUAGCCA